GUGAUACUGAUAAGAAGCUCGUGCCUUAACGUUUCCCGGUGUUUGUGAUCAGCAACGUUACAUACUACGCUUUGUUUCGAUUUUUGUCUCGUCGUUUUACUCGUUCACAACUGUUUUGAAGUCAGUAUUUUGCGUUUUUCCAAUCGGUAUUCCAGUCGCCAGACUGUUACUUGCUAGACGGCCGCUGAGUCUAGACGCCAGUAUCGCAUUUAGUAGGACAAACUGAGAAAGCGCUGGAGUAAAUUGGUCGUUGACGCAAAUACGGUAUAUGUUUUACUUGUGCACAAGUAAGAGUGUAUAAGUAAUAUCUAGUUAUUGACGUACACUUUUCUAAUGGCGGCUAAUAAAAAGGAAGUAAUAAUACUUGCAAUUGAUGUCGGAAUAAAUUCUUUAAAACUAGAUUCAGAUGGAAAAACAUAUUUUGAAAAAUCUAAAUUGUGUGCUUCUAUGAUUUUAAGAAGAAAAAUAUUUGCUGAAAGUAAAGAUUAUGUAGCAUUAAUAUUGUUUGGGUCAAAUCAAACAAAAAACCAUCUUGCAUCACAAGGAUGUAAUAAUAUAGAAAUUGUUACUAGUUUAGGUGUAGUAACUUGGGAUUUAAUUAAACAUAUUGAUAGUUUAUCACCUUCAGAUAUAACACGUUCGGAUUGGCUUAAUACUCUUGUACUUGCUGCAGAUAUGGCGAAAAAGGAAAUUCAAGACAAAAUAUUCCAAGACCUCCAGAUUGUUAUGUUUACAAAUCUUGCAACUGAUAUAUCCUUUGAUAAAAUUGAUAUAAUUGCAAGGUGUAUACAAACACAACGUAUUGAUUUAACCAUAAUUGGUACAGAUUGUGAAGAUGUAUUGAGAAGUUCUGUGUUGGAAACAUUUAUCAGGAAAACUGAGGCAACUACUGUUAGUUUGGAUUCAGUUCUACCGAAUAUUUGUAAUUAUAAACUUAAAGAAGUAACUCCGAGAGCUUGGAAUGUCCCUUUAAGCUUUGGAAAUGUUUUUAAUAUAAAAGUUAUCGGUUAUAAAAAGAUAGAUGAAACCCCUAAAAGCUUCAAGUGGUCAUUAUGUAGGAACUAUGAUACACCAGAUUCAAUUACAGAAAUGAAUAAACGUACUACAUAUUCGUAUGUUGAUAAUGGUGAACAAAUAGAAGUUGAUCAUGAGAAUAUAAUAGAUGGAUUUCGCUUUGGUGAUACAAUUAUACCUGUCUCGGAUUUAGAUAUACAAGCGUAUAGUUAUAAAUCUGGUCCAAGAGGCUUACAAGUAUUAGGGUUUACAAAAGCUAAAAAUAUACAAAGAUCAUUUUUAAUGGAUGGCGGAUCAUAUAUUUUUAAACCUCACAAGGACGAUAUAGUUGCAUUUAGUGCUAUUUUCAAAGCUAUGAUCAAAAGGGAAGAAUUAAUGAUUAUUAGAAAAGUUUAUUUAAAUGAUUGUAUGCCAACCAUAGGUGCAAUGUUUCCUCAAAUAGAAGAUAAAGAAAAUUAUUUUGUAUGUGUCAAUCUUCCAUAUGCUGAAGAAGAACACUUGUUUAAGCUUCCAUCAUUGGAAUCAUUUAAACCUAAUUAUGAAGAAAAGAAUGCUGUCUGUAACCUUAUAGAUGCAAUGGACUUGGAUGAUGAAGAUGAUGAAUUGUUCAUACCAGAAACUACACACGACCCUGAAUUACAAUAUGUGUAUGAUUGCGUUGCUCAAAAAGCUAUUAAUCCAGACAAACUGUUAACAAAAACAAUUCCAGAGUAUAUUCAAAGUUUACUUGACCCCCCUAAAGAAAUGAUGGAAAAGGCUAAGCAACCUAUAGAUGAAAUUAUAAAACUAUUUUCGCUUCAACAAGAAAUUUCUGAAAAAAGUCCAAUUGAGGAUAAUAAUGCUUCAAAGUUUGAUUGUGAUGAAGAAGUAGAAAAUUCAAAACAAUGUGUGAUUACAGCAUUCAGCCCAAUAGAAGAUUUUAAUAAGCUUUUAGAAAAUGGAUUUAACUCUGCAAUAGUUUGUGGAAAGAUGAAAAACAUAACUCUAGACCUAAUAGAAUCUAGUACAAGUAUGAAAGAUUUAGAGAAACCAGCAUCAAAUUUGAAAGCCUUAAGAGAAUUUUAUAUACAUGAUAACGAUGUUAAGUCUUAUAAUAAUUUAAUGUAUCUUGUAAAAGAUUCAGUUCUUUUGUCUGGCAAAGAAGAAAUGUGGUCACAAUUCAUUGAUAGUGGAAUAGGACUUAUUACAAAUCAAGAGGUAGAAAUAAGUGAUAUUACACAAGAAUUAUCUGAAAACUUUAUGAAACAUGAAGUUUUAGAAGAUGUUGCAGCAGAAUUUAUCAUUGAUGAUGAUGAUCCACUGAAAGAAUUUUUGUAAAUGGAAACAAGUAUAAUUAUAUAAGUGAAUAACACAAAGCAUCUUAUCAUCUUAUUUUUAAUUAAGUAUGAUAUGUAUUAUAUAUUUUUUGAUGAAAUUUUACUAUUUACUAAUGUAUAAUUUAAUUUAACAUAC